AUGAAGGGCCUCGUUAUUUUCUCUCUACUCGCGUCGAUUUCCGUUCUGGGUUUCCUCCAAGAAUCGGUACAUGGGCGGCCGUCGUUGAUGUCGCUGCCCAAGCCCCGCCGUGAUGACGCCGCCGUCUUUGCUCGGUGGUUGGUCUCUCAGAACUCGUGGGGUGUCCUCAGCACAGUAUCCCGUGACUGGGGAGGUGCACCUUUCGGAAAUGUGGUAUCGUUUAGUGAUGGCUUACCGGACAAGGGAAAAGGCAUCCCAUAUUUCUAUCUGACAACCCUUGAUCCAACGGCUAGCAAUGCUUUGAAAGAUCAGAGAUCUUCAUUGUCGCUAAGCGAGUAUAACAUAGGAACUUGUGGCAAGAAAGAUCCCGAGCUCCCCACUUGUGCGAAAAUUACACUUGUGGGAAAGUUAAAAUUAAUUGAGGGAACAAAAGAAGCUGAGAUCGCUCGAGCUGCAUUGUUCGCAAAGCAUGCUGAUAUGAAAAGGUGGCCUAAAAGUCACAAUUUCCAGGUCUACAAACUCGAUAUCGAGAAUAUAUUUAUGAUCAAUUGGUUCGGAGGACCAAAACCUAUCACUGUAGAACAGUAUCUUCAGGCCAAACUGAAUAAACCUGCACUCACCGUGGCCUAA